CUUGUUUAUCAAACAAAAUGGCGCUGGUUAGCAUUUGCCCGGUUUUGCCAGCGAUAUGUAGAUUAGGAGCUCCGCUGACGAGUUUUUAAUUAUGUGAAUGCUACAUAAAGGUCGAGAGUUCAGUAAUCAAUUAUGGAGCGAGAAAAGGGAAAAUCUUCCCAAAAGAGGGGCCCAAAUAAGGUGAAAGCUCUCUUCCCAUCAGGCGAUUUCAUCGCUCUUGGAUCAAAACAACGGUCGGCCGACGUCCCAGAACCGAAACCGUCAUCAAAAUCAUCUUCAUUGAGCACAGCAGGCACUAGCGGUGAACGCAAAAGAACAGAAAGCAACGCGGGACAACCGCCUGUUCAAUCGAAGAAACAGAAGCUCUCUUCAAGCUCGUCGUCAACGUCUGCGUUACCCCGUCUGGCCUCUGCCGCUUCGCAGGGCAAGAAAGAUACGACAAGUGCCGACGACCAGUGGGACGCUAUCGCUAUAGAAGUCGAUCCCACGGACUUUCUGAGCAGAGUGCUAAAAGCGGAGGAUUCCGGGGACGAAGAGCGGGUGGAUUCUCUCAUGUGUGGUGCGGUGAAAACUCUCAAGAGCACGCGGCCGAAACCCGAUCCGAUGCUGUAUCUGACGCUGAUGUUUAUUGCCAAGGCGAGGCCCAGAAUAUACGACUCCGAAGUCGUGAUCGAAGCGUUCACCAGCCUGCUGAAGCGAGACGUCACGAUUAAUUUCAAGACGAAAGGGAAUAACCUGAUUUCGGUGCUGUCGAGUAACCUCCUUCUGGCAGCGUUUCAAGACACCAACUGCUGGCCCGAACAGUUCGUGAAGGUGUUCGUGGAAGAUUCGCUGGGCGAUCGGAUUUGGGUCGACCACGAGGAGUGCAAAAGUUUUGUGGCAAACGUCAUUACUGCUUUUAAUACGAGGUUGCCACCGAAGAGCAUGAUGGCACCAGAACUCGUUUUCAAGCCGGACGCAUGCCCGAGUCCUCCUGCUGCGAUGAACAUCGACGACGACGAUUCAUUAUCUAGUCUACACCUCGAUCUCAAAGAGGGCACCGAAAACAUCGCGGUGGUUCCGCGCUACGCGUCAGUGCAAGCGACUAUCGAGCAGUAUAUUCUGGAGAUAAUUCACGAGCAGCUGACCCGUCGACAGCCAAUGGACAUAUCGAAGAACUUGCUGCGGCUUCUGAUAUGCGCUUGUGGAAUCAGCGAAGUGCGCUCCCUGGUGGCCCAUCGCCUCGAAACGUGGUUGCAAAAUCCAAAGCUCACGCGACCCGCUCAGGACCUGCUGCUGACAGUGUGCAUGAACUGCAACCAGCACAAUAAGCACGACGUGGAAGUCAUCGGCUUUCUGAUCCGGAUCAGGCUGAAGACGAAGCCCGUGGUCAACCAUUUCUUGCAGUGCAUGAAGGAAUUGCUGGGACAGCACCCCGAUAACUUGAGCACUGUCUUGAAGCACUGCAUCUACAACGAACUGUCCAACUCGCGUAAUCCAAACAACAUGCAGUUGCUCUCCGUGAUUUUCCAGCAUUCGCCCGACAAGGCGGCCCAGGUCCUUGCCGAGGUCUUCCAGGACCUGUUGAUAAACCGGGACGACUACCUGCGCUGCCUGCGGGCCUUGUUCCGCGAAAUUAUACGUUCCCUGCGGCACGACUUGAAUUUUACCGCGUUCUGCCAGGGCUUGAUGCAGGAAAGGAAGGAGGCACAGUAUCAAGAACUGGAGCAGCCGCUGAAAGAACGUUUGUUUGUCUCUCUGACCGACCUAGUUGUACUGUCCAUCUUCUUGGCCAUUACUCCGGCUGUCCGUGAAGCGGCUACGGCUUUCUUCCGAUCGGAGAAGAAAGACAUGUCGGCUUUUCGGUCUUACCAGUCGACCGUGGCCACCAUACAGAGGGACACAGUGUGGUGGCUUCAUACGGUGGUGCCGAAGAUGUUCAAGCCUGCACGAAACGAAUUCCUUCACUGUCUUCACAAGGUGCUCUUUCUCGAACAACCGGAGCAUUACUACAAGGACAACUGGCCUCCCGAAGGGGACAGACCAUUUAUGCUGAGGCUGGCCUCGGACGUACCUGUCUUGGAAGAUAUGUUUAUCAGAGUUCUCAUCAUUGGAAUGUCCAAGGACCACCCCUUGAACCCAUCUGACGCGUUGGAGCUUGUAGAGCAGCUUGUAAGAAGAGCAGCUUCAAUUUUCAAGGAAGACACCCAUCCUGUGCUGGCAGUUGAGCGAACGGAGCUCAUUGAUCUGCUGUUUCACCUCUGCGCGUAUCACCAUCCGGAAAAUAUUUCGCUGCCCUCUGGGUACUCACCUCCAAAGCUAGCCAUUGCAGAUUACUACUGGAAGGCGUGGAUCAUGCUUCUCAUCAUUGUAGCCCACAACCCGUCGAGCUUUGGCCAAAUUGCGUGGGAGGGCCAUCCAACCUUGAGGAGCAUGAUGGAGAUGUGCAUCACUAACCACUUCGUAUUUCCUCCACCGACCAUGACAGCGGGUGACAAAGGGGACGACAUCAAGACUAGAGAGGUGCAGAUCAGUCAGGUGGAGAAGCAGAAGAUUCUCGAAUUCGAGACACAUCUCGCAGCUGCGUCAACAAAGGUCACCAUCACUGAAAGCAACAGUCUGCUGCUCUCAAAAUUGAUUACGAUGGACCCACAAGGCCCUGCAAGGAGGCCACCACUGCAAGUGCUCGAUCAGCUCAAGUCUCUGAAUGAAACGCUCAAGCUCGGCCAUCUGUUGUGCCGCAGUCGUAAUCCCGACUUCCUUGUCGACAUUAUUCAGCGGCACGGUACUUCACAGUCCAUGCCCUGGUUGGCUGAACUGGUGGAAUCAUGCGAGGGUUCCUUCGACCAUCUUCCUGUCCAGUGUCUUUGCGAGUUCUUGCUCAGUGACGCGUUGGACUGUAACGCAGCCGGCAUAGAUCAAGAGGAGGAAAAGGCUGACAAGGGCAGAGGCAAAGCGCUCCAGAACAAGAAACGAAAGCAACAGCAGCUGCUUCAGCACCUACAAAAGUUGCUGAGAAAUCCCGACGACCUUCAAGCGACCUGCGAAGUUCUUGACUACCUCAUGCGACGUCUGAGCUCACAACAACAGAAUGCCAGAGCAGUCGCUACUAAAGGACUGACUCUGGUGCUCAGCCAGAUUGGGAACGCCGCGGAGUCCGGCAAGGUCGAGUCGCUCCACGAUUACGACUGGCUCCUCAAGGACAUUCCGGUGUUGCCACACUUCAAAGUUGUGCGCAUUCAAGUGAGCCACACCCUCCGCCUCGCGUGCCAAGUGGAGAACGACCCGUCCGCCAUUACGGCGUACGUCAAGUUCCUGGCAACCUACACGCCGGACGAAGACCUCGCAGAGCUCUCGUUAGACAUUGCACAGCUCGUCGUCGAGCGGCCCACGAUUAUCAACUGCAUCCUUCCGCAGGACACGACGACUUCGAUCUACAGCCAGAUAUUCCUGUCCUCAUUGCUCGAUAUUUUCACGAGGUACCUGCAGAUCGCGAGAAAGCCGUCGAAAGACAUGUACUGGUACGAGUGCCAGGACCACAUCAUGGUUCAGUGGCCCUCCGGCGAAACUGCUACGAUGCACAUCCUCGUGGUCCACUCGAUGAUAAUCCUCCUUACGUACGGCCCCCCCGAACAGGACCCCGAACCGUUCACAGCCCUGCUGGAAACGUGGUUUCCGCAAGACGGUGACCCACCCCAGGCGUUCCUCGUAGACACGUCCGAGGAGGCUCUGCUCUUACCCGACUGGUUGAAGCUGAAGAUGAUCCGGUCUUCCGUUGAAGUGCUUGUCGAUGCAGCCUUGAAGGAUCUCGAUCCUAACCAGCUGGUUUUAUUCAUACAGUCGUUUGGGAUACCUGUUCACAGCAUGGGCAAGCUGCUUGCCUGCUUAGACGAGGCCGUGGAGUACGACGAGGAAGCCGUCGUGCAAGCCGUCGUUGAUAAGGCGUACAUGUCGCAGUUGGUGGAAGUGCAGCACCAGAGAGGGGCCGUUGGCGGAGAGAGGUUCUACAGGCUGCUAGGUGAAAGUGAGUACGGUGACGCCAUGGCAGACGAGGACGACAUCGAGCCGGUCCCGACGUCCGUGAUACAGCAUGCACCUCCCAGGCCCAUAGAUGCCUCUCGUAUUGACUCCAUCUCUAAGGCUGUGAUCCAGCUGUACAGCUUAGAUCCGAGACUGGGAAAGCUUGGCAACAAACAAGAACAGGAGCUCUUCAGGGGCCUCCAAAAGGCCUUUUCUCAGGAUGUGCUGAGGAAGUGUCUCUUUGGAAGCUCUCUAGCAGAAUUCAUUCACACGUGCGAACACAUUUUGGAGAGUGACCAGUGUGAAAGGUUUGUUUCUGCUCUGCAUGCAAAGCCCUGUGUGUCGUGUUCACUAUUUAGGCUGGCGAUCGCAGGCCAGCAGAAGGCAGCCUCGAACUCCCCGCUUGUCUUCAAGUUCCAGUGGGUCUGCACAAAGAUCCUGGAACUUACAAAAACUACUUCACCCCUCACAAACGUUUUGCAGCACUUCUGCACGUCGAGCUCGUCCUCGAGGAACAAGGAUCAGGCACCACGGCGGCUGUCACCAGCAGACGUGAAGUCGGCAAACAUUGUGGAUGCCCUCACGUCCGUCGCACGAAAUGAGUCAAAGCGCUUUGAAGAGGCACUCUGCGUUUUGGUUCAGCGGGCCAUCAAGCUGGGCAACAGCCAGCCCCUGAUCCAUGCUCUUUCGAAAAUCCUCUGCGGCAACAUGUUUGAAUGCGAGAAGGUCACCACUAGCUUUGUGAUCGUUGACUGGUUGGAACACUUGGAACCUGAAUGUAUUUCGUCUUCGCCAGAGCUUCAGUACCAGCUGCUUUUUCAGAACAGCACAAAGAACCCCCUGCUGAGAACAACGUUCCGCCCGUAUCUUCUGGCCCUGCUCAUCCAUCGGGCACACUGGAACACCUUGCACAACGUCAUCGACGAGGUGCUUUCAUCGUCGAAGAAACAGUACGACCCGACCGCUGUGCUGGACUUCCUCCAGGCCUGCAUGUUCAUUCCGAAGAUAUGGCAGGGACGCGAUAAGAAGAUUCCAAAGCAUUACAUCCCAGAGAAAAUCUUGCUUUUCAGUCCCGAUCAGGUUUGCUGCAUGACCGAUUACAUCAUAGAGGAAUUGCUGAUGAAACCUGGACAGGAACGAGAGGAAGAAGCAAAGCUAUCGUCACGCCUGCCUCUUCUUGAACAGGGGUGCACCGAUCAGAUCCUGAUAUCUUCUGUGGUCUGCCACCUAGUGUCCAUUAUACAAAGCGAGCCUGCCCGUAGGGGAGCAGCAAAAGACUUGCUUGUGGAGCUUUACCUGUGUGUUCCGAGCAUAAUCUCGAUCUCGGAUGCUGUUGUAGACACGCUCAAGGACAUUGAACCUCAGAAAUCGGGCCAGACGAAAGUGGACGUUCUGUCGCACACGCUUCUCCUUGCACUGUCAAUUGCCGACCUCAACAGGCAGGCCCAGCAAAAGCUUGGCGACCUGAACAUUGCUUGCAGAAAGUUAGCGGCUACUCAUCCGGAGCUUUUGCUUCGUCAGCUUCCCAUGGUGACAAGUCUGCUGCACAGCCGCUCUGGUGUUGGAACGUUCCUCUUCGGCACUCGUAGCCAGACCUCUUUUUUCGUCAACAUGUUGGGGAUGUUGGAGCUCCUGGUGCCUCAACUCUUUGCGGACGCCUAUUGCCACACCGUGAAUGAAAUUUUGGAUGUCUACGUUGAGGCUUUCCAAAGUCACCUUCAGUUUGUACGCAACCAAGACACGAAGGAGGUGGUUGUAAAUUUGCUGAAUUCUUUCUUGUUGCUGGUGCACCGUUACCUCCAGCACAGUUCAACCGAAGCACGGCUAUGGAUCCAGAAGCAGUUCGCAAAUUUUCAAGACAUGUCGUCCCUGGUUCCCGACCUGAUGAGCCUUCGGACGCUGUUGGCUGGCACUUGCAUACAUCACUAUGCUCCGGACGGAGCAGAGAACUCAAAGGACUCGGAACCUGGCACUUCAAAGGCGUCUUUCCAGAGCAGUUCGUCCGCAAUGCAGGGUCCUCAGAAGAGCUCCGCCGCAAGAGACCUGAGGCUUUCGAUCGAAAAUGAAAACUGCAACCCCGAAGAAAUACUCUCUUCGCUGAAAGAACUUGAGCUGGUCGCAUCGAGGAAACCUGAGGCCAUGUUGUCCUACCAGGACGACUUGCAGUGCAUUGUGCUCAGCGGUUUAAACAUGGCCUGUUGCGGUUUGGCUUUUAAGCUGUUGAUGCAGAGCAUCAGGAAUAGUCCGAGAACUGCAGGGCAGUUCAUAUCCGGUUAUCUGCAGUGUCUCGGAAGUGACAGACGUGAGAUUGUGCAGAUGGCGUUGGAGCGUCUGCCCGAGUUUGUUGUUCUCGCUCAGGAGCACGGAAGUAUCUUGUUGCAGAAGGCAUUCCAGGUUGGAAUUAGUACUAAUGUGAACAGUGCUGUGCCAAUUACAGAAGCUUUAGCACUCCUGAAUUUGCAGUAUGGUAAUUAAGUGCGGCUGAUUGUACAGGAACAUUUGUAGUACUUGUGUUUUUGUGUGUACAUAAAUGUGGACAAAAAUGGUAACUCUUGAAGUGUGUCUCAUGUUCCAAGUAAAGAGACAAUAAAUGGGCUGCCCUAUAGGGCAUGGUUGUUUAUGUCAA